UCCUGUGUUUCACUGACACCACUCUCUUUCUCUCUUUCUGUGACAUGCUCUCCCUCUACUUUUCCACCUCUCAUUUUGCCUCUCUCUCUCGUGUAUUUCAUUUUCCCUCUCUGCCACCUCGACCACACCCCUUUCCUAAUCCUGUUCCUUCACACUCUGGUCACCAGGAAGUUGUGUCAGUGAGUGUCAGCUGAUGUGGUGUCAUGUGACCCAGUGUGUUAACUGCCUGUUGGUACACAAAGCAACCAAAGUGUUCUAAAAAGGAAGCCAGUGGUCAUUUCUAUGCCGACCUGACCAAGCUGUGAUCCGACUGGUGUUUAUUACCUGUACGUGCCCCAAUGAGCUGUGGUCCAACUGGUGUUUAUUCCCUGUACGUUCCCCAAUGAGCUGUGGUCCAUCUGGUGUUUAUUACCUGUACGUUCCCCAAUGAGCUGUGGUCCAACUGGUGUUUAUUCCCUGUACGUUCCCCAAUGAGCUGUGGUCCAUCUGGUGUUUAUUACCUGUACGUUCCCCAAUAAGCUCUGGUCUAAAGCCUUGUAAUAUAAAGGCACUACUAGGGCAUCAUGUUGAACACAGACAAGAUCAAAGCAGUGUAACAAAGGUCAGUCUGGUGACCCCAUAGAGUAUUUUAUUCUGCAGCCCAGCAGUGAGACGGGUCAGUACACUAAUGGAUCUGACAGGCUCAAAAACACCAAGGUCUGAAUGUUUAAACUCAUAAUUAUAUUUUAACUGACACAAAGGAGUAUUACUAAGGGCUUGUUUACAGUAUUAGAGAGAAUAAAACACUAGAUAGACAUCUCUUAGUUUGCAUAAUCAUUUCCAUAACGUUUGAAUUUGCACCAGCAUGUGUGAGACCCGAUACGGAUAAGCGGAUGAAGUUGAGAUGAGAUGUGUGAGACGUAACACGUAGGACUGUGACCAUCCAUCGUGGGAGAAUCAGAUCCUGUUCUGUACAUUGAACACCCAUAAGAUAGACAUGGAGAAGUUGUUGGGUGGUCAGAUCGGACUGGAAGAUUUUAUAUUUGCCCAUAUUAAAGGUCUGAAGAAGGAGGUGGAGGUCUUCAAGGCGGAGGACGCCCUCGGCCUCACCAUCACCGACAACGGGGCUGGCUACGCCUUCAUCAAGCGUAUCAAAGAAGGCAGUGUGGCGGACAGCGUCAAGGUGAUCUGUGUUGGUGACCAUAUAGAGUGUAUCAAUAGGAAGAACAUUGUGGGAAUCCGUCACUAUGAGGUAGCCCGCAUGCUGAAGGAGCUCCCCAAAGACCACAAGUUCACCCUCAAACUGGUGGAGCCCAUGAAGGCCUUUGAGAUGCUGGAGCCAAGGUCAAAGGGAGCCAAGCCUGCCAGUGAGAACAAGAUCGGAACGGGGAGAGGCACUCUGAGGCUGCGCUCCAAGGGAACUGCUACUGUAGAGGAAGUGCCCACAGAGUUUGAGGAGAUAGCAGUGAAGAAGGUGGAUGAUCUGUUGGAGAGUUACAUGGGCAUCAGGGAUACAGAACUGGCUGCCACCAUGGUAGAGGUGGGCCGUGACAAGAAGAACCCAGAUGAGUUUGCCAUGGCUCUGGACGAGGCUCUUGGAGACUUUGCCUUCCCCGAUGAGUUUGUGUUUGACGUCUGGGGCGCCAUCGGAGACGCCAAACAAGGACGCUUUUAAAAUUUUACCUGAUUCCCCAGAUUCCCUAGUCUUGUCCUUGAUCUCUUUACAUGUGCAAAUGCAGCACAAACAGGUGUUGUACCAGGCUAGCUGAGCUCCGCAGUCUCACCCAGCCAACUGUACACCUCUGCUUCUAAGGACACAGGGAAGGUCGGUUUUAAAAUGCCACACCUUUUGUAGUGUUGCCUCUAAUAGAUGCCUCCCAAAUGACACGCAAUUUCCUAUAUAGUACACCACUUCUGUACAGAACCUACAGGCUGGGCCGUCCCACAUGACACCCAAGAGUAUGUCCACGGUUGUUGUCCAAAUUCCUGUGGUCAAUUAAAAUGUCCUGAUUAUCACUGGGACAUUGAACUUUUUUUAUGGGCUUUUUAUCUUUGUCUUUAACGUGCUUCUGAGGAGCUUGAACAGCAGAACGUGUAUUUAGAAUAUAAUUAUAGUGAUUUAAUAUAGAAACACUACAACACUCAUGACCUCAGAUCCCCAACAGCAAAGCUGCUGAUCCUCAACACUGUGGAGGAAACCUUCAAAUAAAGAGGCCUUGGACCAUAAACACCAGCAUGUGUCCCAACUUGUGCCCUAUUUCCUAAUUAUAGUGCCGUACUUUAGACCAGAGCCCUUUGGUUCCCCCUGGAAUACCUGAGGGCAUAUUUAAAGGACAUCAUCUGGACCAAAACUCAAGCCACAUUUGAUUUAACACCAGCUGUUCCUUGUCCCCUUCAGGAACUAACACGGGUGGUUUCCUUAACACUGGUGGUUUCCUUAACACGGGUUAAGCCUGGACUUACCCCAAUUAUCUCAAUUUCUUUCCAGAACUAGGUUUAAUCUCUGUUCAGAAACAGACCCAAGAUAUAAGGGCUUAACCUGGAUCUGUAACGUGACAAAAAUACAUAUUACAGGCUUCAGAAGAAUUUAAUGAUUUCUGUUUUUUUUUUUGUCAAUGAGAGGUAACACUCAACAUUCCAUCUUUAUUUGUACAGGCUGCUUCGUUUGUAAUUAAACUUAAUACCUAAUUUUGUUUAAUUUAUUUGUUAAAUUUGAUAUUGGACAUGUUUUUAUAUGACAUCCUAUCCGGUCUCCUCCAGCAAUCAGAAAUCCAAUUUGAAUUUGACAUCUUCAAAGGAUGUCAAGCUGGUCAGUUGCAAUUCAAAAUGUCUUCCGCUGUUGAAACUACUAUACCAUGAAUUGAAAUCAACACUUGGCAUUUGACUAGUAAUUUCUACGGUAUGUUGUUUCCAUAAAUGCUCGACUUCAGAAUAGUAGAUACAGCGUCAUAUAGCAUGUUUUAUGAGCCAGAAGGGAUCCUUAUUAUGUUUGUUAGAUGGAAAUAAAAAUAAUGUAUUAUUUGAUAGCAGA